UUCUAUUUAUCCUUUGAAUUACUCAUAUAUAUCCUAUGAAUUUCGUACCAGAAACUAUUCUAGGAGAAGUUCUAAUCCGUUCCGUUCGGAUAUUGAUUGGUCUUGGUUUGACAUGGUUUACGCGUUACUGGUUCCCGGAAGAGUUAAUAUCUCCAUUAGCUAAACCCUUUCUUACCCUGCCUUUGGAUUCGUAUUCUGUUCGUACACAAUCAAUGGAGGCCUUCCCGACAUAUGUUGCAACGUCUCCAAUAGCAUGCUCUUACUUCGUCUUUCCCUUAAUAAGUCAUAAAAUUUGGUGCUUUUUGAUCCCCAGUUGCUAUGGGGAACAAAGGACGAAAUACAAUCGAUUCCUCCAUUUAAGUGGUUCUCGCUUCUCCUUGUUCCUAUUACUAACUCCUCCCCAGGUAGUUCCCAAUGUUUGGCACUUUCCAUACUUCAUGGGUGCAACAUCAAUAAAUUCGCUCAUGAUCAACUUACAACCUAAGAUCUAUGACCAUAUUAUGUUAACUGUUCGUAUUUCGUUCAUUCCAUCAGUAUGCUCCCAAGUACCUGUAAUUGUGAUCCAUUUGUAAGAACCAAGGGGUCACUCUAUAUAAACCUCCACGAACAAUCGUUAUUUUUUUAUGGUUUUUUCGCUUCUCACAGCUGCUCUUUCCACAUCUCCGGAUAUCUUGUGCCAAAUUGCCACCCCUUUGCUUAUUUAUUUGAUAAUAGAGUUGGCUAGCUUUGUGGCAUCUAUUGUACAAGUUCGUGAAGAGGGCUGGACGAGUGGAAUGAGGGAAAGCGGCCCGAUCGACAAAAAAGAAGAGUAGCCUCCCUAGAACCUGGCAAAGCCAUUAUCAAUUAAUUCCCGAGCAAUUCUCAACCAACAUAGGCGAUUCAUUCCCGUAAAGAAUAUAACACACAAGAAGACUCCUUACCGCUCCGUAGGGAGCGGGAUGAGUGAUACAUCUGGCGAGCGCCGGUGAAGAACGCAAGCAAAGAUGGAGCUCGGGUAUUGAUAUAUUCCAUCAAGAGAAAGGAGGCAGACUGGUAAGAAGGCCGACCACAUAGGGGGGCGAACCGAAAAAGUCAGCUUUUUAGAGCGGACCAAUCUUCCGUGCCGCCCCCCCCCUUACUCUCUCUCUAUAAAAAAGCCUGCGGGAAGCGCGAAGAGCUAAGCCACUAAUGUCAUGGCGAAGGUUAGACCUCAUAAAGUCAGCAAAGCUAAGGUUUCGUGUGUGUUAUAUCCUUUCGAUCGAGCGAGAACUUAUAAGGAAGGCCUUCAUUUCCCUUUGAAAAAAGUAAAAAAAAAAAGCGCUAGGGAAGACAAAAAGUUACAGAAGUGCUUCUAGAUCUCAUGGAAUAAGGCAGAAUUUCUAACAAAACUUUCCACCUUUUUCUUUCAUAGAAAAAUGAAUUUAGGAGAUGAAAUCCCGAUUACAUUACUGCAGGCCAAAAUUGGAUUUGAAAGAGCAAGCCAGAGAAAAGAAGCGUUGAGAUAAUACCUUGAAUCCUAAUCUCAUCUACUGAAAAAGGGAGCCCCCUUGAUCACCUGAAGAGAUUUUUAGGCAGAAUUGGCAUAAUUAUUACCGUGAGGAUUGAGCUGCCAAAAGAGAUUAUCCUCCUUUGGGCUAGAAGAUAAGAUUUAUGCAAUCCAUAGAAAAAGAAAAAGAAGAAAGUAUUUUGAAGCCAAAUACUCUUGGAUGGGUAGUUGAAUAGGGGGAUAAAUCCUUUUUUUCUCCUUUAUAUUGAAUGUAGUCAAUCACUUUGAGGUCAUGAGAACAAAGAGUCAUAGAGAUGUGAGAAGUUUUGCUUUCGCUAUCGACUGACCGUCCUGUUAGCAGUGCUAUACUAGAUUGGCACCCUAACUGGUACCUAUACAGCUACUCCUUGUCAGUUGCUAUAUUUUUGCACCUUGAGGCUGAGAGGUUAACUCCUUCCACUCUCAACCGCCUUUGCUUAUCUUACUAGUAGCUCUAUCUAUUGGUACCUGCCAGGGAACUCCCUCUUUGCGAGCUACAUACUU